AUGGGGAAUUCCUAUGCUGGCCAGCUGCGGACCACACGCUUUGAAGAGGUUCUGCAUAACUCCAUCGAGGCGUCACUGAGGUCCAAUACUGUAGUGCCUCGACCUGUCUUCUCACAGCUGUAUCUGGAGACAGAGCAGUCGUUGGCUCAUGACGGUGGGUUUAAUGGACGCAAAGGAGAAGGAAUCAUUGAUCAGGAAUUCAAAACUUUUCUGUUGCGUUUGCCUGUGACUCUUGUUCUCCUUUAAAAUCAUAUUUUUUUAUGUGUUUGUCUCCAACAGGCCGCACAGAGAAUGAUGACGAAGACGAUGAAGAUGGCUCAGAGUCCAACAGCCCUCCAAUACCCUAUCAGAUGAAGCCACCACCUGAAGGGUGCUGCACCACAGAUGGUGGGUACACAAUCACAGACAAACAUAAGCUCAUAAAUACAUUAAAACACACUAUAGACAUCUUUUCAUGCAUGUAGUGAUCAGGAGAAAGGAUCUAUUUGACAAAAAAAGUCUUUCUUCUGUCUCUUUGUCUCCACAGGCUUCUGUCAGGCUGGCAGGGACCUGCGUUUGUCCUCACUGGCAUCAGAUCCCUUUGAGGUUCCCUCUGGGUUCAUCUUAGUUGGGGUGAAGUCCCCUUCUCUCCCUGAGACCCUGCUGGUCUGUGCCGUGGACCGCCGCUUCCUUCCAGAUGAACGAGGCCACAAUGCACUGCUGGGUGAGGCUGACUGCUCAUAUGAGCACAUCUCUAUAGUAAUUAGCGCACAUAAUCCCUCUCUUACUUGUUACUUAUUUUGGAAUUUUCCUUUGAAGUUCUGUUCAUACUGGUCAUUCAUAUAAAAAGUCUGAGUCCUCAUCUCAGCAGCUCUAGGUUCAAUUCCAUCUCUCUUUGCUUUACAUCACCCUAAUUCUUCAUGACUCACAUUCAUCGUCUCCCUUCAGUUCUCCAUCUCUAAAAAAAGACUAAAUGACAAUAAUCUAAAAAAGGGAAGUGCGCCACUCAUGACAACACAUAACCUUUCAUACAUUUUCUGAACAUGUUUAUCCUCUAGGUUUUUCAGGGAACUGUAUGGGCUGUGGAGAGAAGGGCUUUCGGUAUUUCACAGAGUUCUCCAACCACAUAAACCUGAAGCUCAGUACGCAGCCAAAGAAACAGAAGCACUUGAAGUACCAUCUGUACAGAAACAACCAGGGUCUGCUGGUCAAAGGAGCGCCCAUCUUCUGGAGAGGACAUGGUAAGAGAUAUAUGUUGUGUUAAAGCUCCUGUGAGGGACUUUUUGUCUUGGUUGAUUCUGGUGCCCCCUGUGGACCAAGUUUGAACCCUUAUAUUGUCGCUGAUUUUGUCUCUUCCUUCAGAAAGUGGUGUUAAUUGAAAAAUAAUUACUUCCUGUUGUGUUUUUACGGUGACAUUUAUCACUUUCUCAUGAAAUUUGCAGCAGGAAGUAAAACAGAAGUAAAACAGGCUGUUUCUCAUGUGUACCUACCCCUUCACAUCAGUUACAGGCUUUAAAAAGUACAAUAUAAAAACUGCAGAUGUUUUCAUUGAUGGUUUUAUUUUCUUUUGAACUUCAUAGAGAUACAUCACUCAUGAUUUCAGCCUGUUUGGUAACCUAUGAAAAACUCCCUACAGGAGCUUUAAGUUUGGAAUAUUCCAAAAAAAACUUUAAUAUGAAAUUUGGCACUUUUUUUUUCUUCUUUUUUUACUUUUCCUGGAAAGAAUCAGGUAUAAUCAGAAAGAAGGUGGUCAUAAGUUGAAGUGCAUUGUUACCAAUCUAAAGCAGCCAGGCGAUAGUUCAUUAAAUGAAGCCCACCCCUGUGGACCUGGUUUUAGUGCCCUUCGGCGUAGCAUUUCACUCAGCUAGUAGAAACACUAAUAUUUCAGGGCUGUUGGAUGGGUUGAUGAUGUUUGGUGUCAAAUAUUGGGACCUGAUCAGGAGUUUUGCAGUCUGUGAUGUACACACUGCGUGCUGUUGGGAAAGCUAUGGGUCAGUUCAGGUGUGACCUGAUGGACAGGUAGUGAAGCCUCAAGGACAGGUGAAAGGUGACAGUACAGAGUGUACACAGAGGCCACAGGGAGGAGAUAACUCAUCUAUUGAAAUAGUGCUGAGGUGAAAAAUCCUGUUUGACAGGACAGUGACCCUGUAGAUGUUUGUUUCCUCAGUGUCCAAUGUAGUCUCUUUUUGUCUGCUUGAUUCUCCAUUCUUAAGUCCUAAGAUUUGAUCACAUCUGUAACAUCUGUAACUAUCUGAAACACAUCUUUAAGAUUAUACCUCUCAGAUCAUUUAGUUUUGAAACAAAGAAAAAUUAGUCUCAGACUCAAUCCUUAUCCUGUUUUAACCAUGCAGUAAUGGCAAAUUCUGUAGUGUUGCCGCUUUGUGUCUACAUGUAGAGCAGCUGUGGCUUUGUGGUAGAGUCUGUCAUCUCUUGACAUAAAGGUCUGGAUACCAGUCUAAUACCAGUACCUGCUGUCCACAUGCUGAACUGUCCUUAAGAAAGACUCUUGACUAGGGAAAGGUGAUAAAUUGUUGUUCACAGUAUAUUUUCAGAAAAAUCCUUCAUGAUAAAUAUUUGCCGUCUCAUGAUAAAUAUGAUGAAUGCAAGUUGGUGACAUAAGCGUGAGUGACCGACUCACAGCCAUAGCCCACACAGAGCAGAGUAACAAACAAACAUGGCCGAAGGUAAUAAAGAAGACGUUUUUGAGCAGCUCGUUACUGAACGAGGCUCCACAUGAGGGAUUUCCCUCAAGACUGGGGCUUAAAUGAGCACAAUCAGGUAUGCCUGACAUCGGACAGUGGAUCUGCUGCUGUUCACUCAAGUUUUCAACACAUGUUGAAAAUGUUUUCACAUUUGAGACUUGUUUGAUGUCGUUAGUUUUCUCCAUAACCUACCACUAAAGUAUCUCAUUGGACUUCUCCAACUGGUGUUCAAAAGACAAAAUGUGUCAAAGAUAUAGAUUGGAAUUAUAAUAUUUUUUAUUGGGACUUUUACCGUUGUCACCAAAAUGGCAAAUCUUAUUGUGAUCAUUUUUUAGCCCAUAUCGCCCAUCCCUACUCUUGACCCCAAAUGGUCUUCACUGGCUGUGCCCAGCAGUGUGUAGAUGGGAUAAACUAAUACUUGUGUUUUACCCAGUGGCCUCUGUCGUUAGUGUGUGUGUGUAACAUGCAAUGUAAAAGUGGUCACCAAGACCAGACAGAGCACUACAUAAACAGCCCAUUUACCGUUUUCCCUGAAAGCUUUCCAUUGUUAGGGAUGCACUAUUUUUACAUUUUGGUACAAGACUGACCACAAUAGUAAGAACAGGAAUCACGACAGUGGGGUCUAUCUGGGGCCAGGAUUUUCUAUUAAAUGCUUUCUUUGCAUUGCUCUGUGUUUUCUAUCUCGUCUGCACAAAGAACUAUAGAUGAUGUAACUUAACUGUUGUUUUUAAUGCAGCUGCAGGGUUUUGUACUACCUUGCUAAUAUGUUGCUGCAAUGAAAGGGUUAAACAUUCCUGAUAAUAAUACUCAAGGAUUUUUAACUUAGGCUAUGUUCACACUGCAGGUCAGUUCGGAUUUUUUUAACCACAUAUAAUACACAUAUCUGAUUUUUUCAUGUAAGUAUGAACAGUGCAAUUCUGAUUUUUUCAAAUCCGACCCAGGCCUCUUUUGUAUGUGGAUAUAAAUCAGAUAUGUAUCCAAUGUGACUGCAGUGUGGAUGUUUAGGUCACAUUCAUCCGACCUAUACGUCAUCAAUAUGCGACAAACGUCACUAUUGUUCGACAACACAAACAGGGUCACUUCACGGACGCAUUCUGUUCACAUUAGAUGCCGCAUUCGUUGUUGUAACGUGAACGACUGCACAAAAAGAUCAGAUUUAACAAAAAAUCCGAAUUGUGUAUCAUAACCUGCUGCAUGAACGCAGCCUUAGUUGCCAGAGAAGGACUGUCUUCUGUUUUCUGUCAAAUUUUUAUGAAUUUUAUUUAUUAGUGAGAUUUUAUGUGCCUGUCAUCCUGUACGUUAAGCAGUUCAGCUUCUUUUCCAAGAAGCAUCUGUCAUGAGUUAUAGGGAGGAUUUGACUAAACUGCUUCAGUUACAGGAGCAGCUUUUCUUAUUCCACACAUAUGAAUGUUCAUACACACUGACACACAAAAACACAUGCACAACAAACAUCAAUGCAAAAGUCAACCCGCUGUGAGGCCUAUCAGAUAACGUACUUCAUGUGACUCUGUGUUUCAGAUGGCAGGAUGAGACGCAUAGUUUCCAACCUUGCAGAAGGUCAUGUGACAACAGAUGAAAAGCCACCAAAUAUUACCCUGACCCUCCAAACACACACACCAGGAAGCUACAUAGGUAACACACUGAAACACACAAACAUAUGGACACAGGUGAAGAUGAAGUACUGUUGGUGAGGCUGAGGCCUUGUGUCUCAUUAAAGAUGUUCUGGUGCUGUUACGUGUUUGUUUGUUGUCAGGGCUGAGAAAUUAUUUUUGCAAACUGAACAUAAAAAAUGUCCCAAAAAUACCACACACUCUCCACAGUGCAUAAUUGAAGUAUUGAAUCCUGCACCAACAAAGAGAGAAGACAAUGCAUUUAAAUGAUUGAAAACAAAAACAGAGAAAAGACAGUUAUUAAUGUUUUUAUUCACUGUUUUCCGUCUUUCUAAAAACAGCAAGACCGCAAGUGGAUCCAACUGCUCUGCCACCAAUACCAGAUGUCCCCCCUCCACUAACAAAUGGCAACCAUGCUGUUCCCUCCUCCAUCACACAGCCACUUUUGAAUCAGUCAGGUCCUGGGAGACCUUCAGCUACAGGUACAGAAAGGACACACUGGGGACUUUGGCUCCGUUAUUGUCUUAUCAUAAAGAAGAUUUAGGAAAUGUAAUAUAUGUAGGCUUGAAUUGUGCGGUUUCUCAGUCAUACCUAAUCGAAGUGAUCAGUAUCAGUGUGUGCAAGAAAACCUUAAUGAGAGGACAGCUUCACUAUUUUCGAAGAGUAAUUAUCAAGUAGUCAAGUGUUGAAAGACUUAUUCAAUUUUAAUUUUGGAGAAAUUAGAAAGCUAAGCCUUUUAUUGACAUUCACUUCACUCAUCAUGUGAUCUCACAUCAUGAAAUUUCCCUAAAAACUCACUAAAGGUGUCCACUGGAGUUCGAGAUUGUUCGUCUCACAGCCAUGGAUAAAGACCUGUUGUCUCUCCAUGCUUGUAUCUCACGUGGUGUAUUUUUAUUAGCUCUUUGUAUGCGUACGUCAUGUGUUCUGCUGUUUGAACCUCAUUUCCCACAAUAAUAUGACCUCUCAUGUGCAUGUAAAUGUGGUUAGUUUGUGGUUGUUGUUAAUGAGCCCCUCCCCUGGGUUACUUCACACCUCUGAGAGGAAGAGCUCCUACCACCAGCAGCCCAAACAGUCUGUGUGUCUGUGUGUGUGUGUCUGUGUGGAAUAACACCCAACCAGCUGCAUUGUGGGUUGGGGGUUGUCCUUUGUCUUUCUGUCCCUCUCCCUCCCUCUUCCUCUGUCUGUCACCUUUAUAAACCAGGGCAGUAAAAUUCCCCCUCUGUCUCGUCUUUUUUUCUGCCUCUCUGGUUGAAUGAAAAGCUUCCUUCCUGUUGAUGAUGUUUUUUUCACGGCCCUCUUAACAAGCGGACCUUUUAUAUGUCUCCGUUUGACCGCAUUUCAACAGAACAUUAAGGGGAAGAGGAAGAGACGAGUUAAUGUAUGACUAAAAUCAUCUGUUUUCAUUGCUGCAUUACCAGAGGUCUCUCCUGAAAUCGAAUUAAACACCUUUCCCGUCUAUUUAAAGGUUAUUAAAAUGGAAAAAAUGAUCCAUCUCUUUUCAAGUCAGGGCUGUCAGAGUCAAAAUGUCAUCAAAGUUAAUUCAGAGCAGUGUUGAAAUUAAAGCUGGAGUAGGUAGAGUAUCUUCAAGCUAGAGAAAAGCUGAAAAAUCAUUUAUAAGUUGGUGAAGCUGAAAAAUGCAAAAAAUUCAACUGCUUCUAGAUUUCCGUUGUAGUAUCAACAGGUUAAGUUUCUCAGGCAGGUGUGAAAAAGCAAAAAUUGUCCGUGUAAACUAUGCUAAUAAGUCGUGUGUUCUUGUUUGUCAACCAACAGGACCCCCUGCAAACGCCGGACCUCCGAAAAAGAGGCACAAGGGCUGGUCCCCUGAGUCAUCCGCCAACACUGUGCCAGAGAGCUCAGUGAAGACACCGCCGUCUUCAUCCACCGCAUCAACAUUACCCGCGCCUUCUGCCAUCGCUAAUGGAGCCCGAUCAGGUACAGAGUGAAGACUCAUGGGAAAUAAUGUGCCAAAAAUAGCGAAACCUUUUAUCUGUGUUGCUCAAAGUGUUCCUUCUAGUCUAAAUGUGCAUGUGUCUGUGCUUUCUCCAGAGACUGCCAUCCCACUGAGUUCAACACAGGGGUCCUUAACCCCGAUUUCUCCUCCAGGACUGUCUGUUACAAUCCCCGAUCAGCUUCUACACACCUGCAGACUGCAACCUGUCAUCUUCAAAGGUCCGAUUAACGCAUAUAACUACAUAUGACUCAUUUGUUAUGAUAGAAAACAUCUACACAUGCAUUCACAUACUGAACAUACAGACAUUAUGAGAGUCUGCUGCUGUUAAGUGGACCAAGAUGUUCUAUACGAGACCAGCUGCAGUAACAUGUUUCACUCUUUCCAAAGCAGGUGAAAAGGUAAAGUUUUCAGUAACCACACAACAGAUGGUCACUUAGCUCAGUCUUCCUGUCAGGUUAGAGGUCAGUCAACACCCGAGGCUCUUUCUCAGCCCGCGUGUUUCCCCCUCCAUCCACUCCUCUCCACCCUUUUGCCACUUUGUAUUACCUGUCAACUCAUCCACCUCCCUUGUCCUACCUCACUGCCCUCAAACCACUUCCUGUUUCCAUUGUUUACUUUCAGUCUCUUUUUUUCUGCCAAGCGUUUUCCUCUUUUUCACUCCUGUGGCUUUAAUGUUUUUUUUUUCAUCUCAGCCUAGAGUUGGCUGUAUCAAGUCUUUUACAACAAAAAAGCUUCUUAACAGUAAAUAGAAAAAUUAAGGCAAGAACGGCAACAAUUUAAAGAAAAGAGUUCAUAAUCUAUUUAAAAUGUGUUUUAAUUCGUUUUAGGAGCAGAGAUAUUAAACAUUAGCUGUUUCACAUCCUUAAUUUAGAAGACAAGAAAAUUUAAUCAAUUAACUAUAAAAACUAAAGAUACAAGAGGUGUCAAGACUAAAAAUGUCCUCAUGGUAAUUUUAGCACAAAGGCUUAACAUGUUAUAUUAUAUUGUUUUAAAGCUUGAUUUUAUGUGUCCUUUGUCUUUAGGAGCUUCUCUGUUUACUGUAUUCACCACAGAAAUCUCAGUAUAUGGAAAGAAAGAGGGAAGAUCAGCUGGAUAAUUAUAAUGAGAAUGACCAAAAGUAAUCUCAGCCACCUGAAAAUGGUCUCACCUCUCUCUCUCUCUCUUUGUCUACCUCUUGUUGACGCAGGUCAUGGCCCUCUCCCUCAGCUGACUGGAAAUGUCAGUGAAGUACUCAUCAGCUCUCUGCUCCAGAGUUGUUACCUGAGCUCCCAGACGCUCCCCAGAGUCUACCAGCACUAUGGACCAUCACCCAUUCAGCCAUUGUCAACUGAGAUGCAGAUUUUACUGACAGUCUACUACCUUGUUCAGCUAGGUCAGUGCAAAUACUGUGCCAAAAUAAAAACUGUAAUUGCAUUCAAUGUAGACGCACCACUGAGAGGAUGGUUGUCAGUGCUGUGCCUCAUUGUUGCCACUAGGAGGCAGACAGGAUCAGAAAUUAAAUCCAUCUGAUCUCAGCCUUGCUGUCUUUACAUUUAUAAGUAACCGCAGUUAAACAACUUUUCAUAAAAAUAGUUUAAUAUUUUUAAUUCUUCUUCAUCAUAGUCACUCUUGUCUUUUUCUUUCUCAUACUCUCAUCUAAGGUCCAGAGCAGGUGCCUCUCAUUGAGGACUUGGAGCAGAUAUUCAUGAGGUCAUGGAGGGAGUCACACCUCAGCGAGAUCAGACAGUAUCAGCAGCCACAAACCGCUGCCACCCAAGGGAGACACUAUGCUAUAGAGGUGAGACGGGGCCUCUUAGAAGUGUCCCAAAAUGUGUUUUAAGUUUAAGAAGUUAGUUAAGAGGCUGUGUUUUACAUGAAAAUUGUAAUUUUUGUAAUCGCUCAUUUACUCUCAAACUCUUCUCUAGGCCCCAUCCACCCUGCCUGGCCUCCCUCAGCAUCUCACCUUACCUCCUCAGAGCCAACAACCUCUGACCCCCAGUCAGCUUCCUUGGCUUGCCCAGCUGGCUGCGUCAUCCUGUGGAGAGGGUGUGGUGGUUUUAGGGGAGCAGAUUAGAUCUUUGGCUCAGGGCAUCCAGCAAACGUUCAGCAGGUUAAUGGAAAGACGACUUGAAAACACCAACUACGUCGUCAUUAUUGUCACUGCACCGGGACAGGAAACACAGUCCUGUGUGAUAGUUACAGGUAAGGGUUGUGUUAGUAUUUGUAUAUGAAUGUUAUGAAGCUCUGCUGGGAAUUAAAGAAAGGGUAAUUUGCCUACCUUAAUCCUGUGUUUUUUGUGUGCAUUUUUCAGGUAAACACCAGUGUCGUGCCUUGGCAGAGAGCAUGUACUCUCCCAGUGAGGGACUGAAAGAAGUCAAUCACCAGCUCUCCACUGGUGUUGCCCAGGAACUCAUUCACUACUGCAACUCUCUCGGACAGGGUUGGUCUGGCAGUCUGCCUUCUUAAACAUUCAUGUCAUUGUAUCCUGGAAAGACAUUUUAAUAUGUACUCUCAACAUAAAGUCAAAGACGUGAAUUUUGCCGUUCAUUUGUAGAUGGUGAUUUGGAUUCCCUGCUGGACAAUGCCACCGUGGACAGCAGUGAGCCGUCUCCAAUGUCCAGCAGUCAAGAGUCCACUGAAGAGAGGAAUAUGAAGUCAACAAACAGUCCCAAAAACACACAAAGUUCAAAAGACACGCACACACAUGGUUCCAAGGACUCACCUAACACCAAAGUGGGAACUUCAAGUCCCAAAGACACCUGUACAGGUGAGAAAAUGUGAAGGGUAGAGAGUGGGGUAAGACAUGCAGGAAAGAGUCAGAAGAAGGACUGUAGCCCCUUUACAUGCAGCACACCCCUAAAACUGCCAGACCAUCCAGCACUACUAAUUUACUCACUUUUGUUUCUUUACUUUUAUUUCACUUAUCCUUUUCUUUAUUCUCAGUAAAUGAAGAAAAUAUUAGGAGAAAAUAUUUGCAUGUAUUUUUUUUAAGUCUUCUCUUUUUUUGCAUGCAGACACACAGAGCUGACAUAAAAAUCUACAUCUUUAAAAAAUAAAAGCAUGUCUGAUGUAUAAAUUUGUGUUUGUGUGCAGAAUACUCGGUCGAUUGGCGUGAGGUGCGACCCAUCCAGCUGGCUGUGGCCAGAAAGCUGCUGUCCCAUGUUUGUGCAAUAGCAGAUUCCAGCACACAGAAUCUGGACCUCGGCUCUUUUGACAGGGUCAGCUUCCUGAUCUUGGUCCCACCCUCUGAAGUCACAUUUCAGCAGACUGUUCUCCACCUCUGGAGCUCUGGUUAGAAACAUGACUUUUAUACUUGUUUCUUUAUUGUUGUUUUAAACCGUUUAAAUUGAAGUUUAAUUAUGUGUUUAUGUGUUUUCACGUUGAACUGUUCUCCCCCCACCUUUUGUCUGUGUUACUCAGGUGUCCUUCAGGAGCUUGGGGGUUUGGAUCAUGAAUCUGUGUCUCAUCAGGAGGCUGAGCGGUAUGUGGUCAAGAUGGAUCAGAGUGCUCAGGCACGAAUUGACAACCUAAUCCAAGAAGCACACAGCAACUCCUAUACCCUUUACAUCCUAGUCCAUGACCACGCUCACCGGGACAUUAACAGGUGUGUGUUGGAAAGAGAAAACCAGAGAGAGAUCACAGAUUCAUCACUGCUCUCACUUUUUAUUGUUACAUCAACAUAUUUUGUUCUUUAAUUCCCUUUCUUUGUGUCUCUUUUUCCCAUUUAGUGCAUCCUGCAGCAGCCCAGACAGUAGUUUGGGUCUGGUGGAUCAGCUGUUAAACUCCCGACAGGUCAGGGAUACCCCAAACAUCUUAAUCCUCCACGUCACCUCCUUCCCAUUCAGUCUACAGACACAGUAUACUCGCAUCAGUCCCUACAAUGAGAUCCACUGGCCGUCUGCGUUCAGUAAUGUAAGACAGAACUUUGUAUGAAAAAUACUGCAAAAUUAGUCCCAUCCAUUUGGAGGUUCGAACAGCUAAUUUCUAAGAUAUUGUUUUGAUGUUUGUAUGUGUGUGUUUAGGAUGUGGACCUGUACCAUGAAAGGACCCGGUACUUUGGUGUGUCAGAGCUUUUAGAGACGACUCGCUCAGGCAGCAGUCUGCCUCUCAUGCGUUGUGAUUCCUCCUUUGAAAGCAUGGCAUCUGCUCUGGAGGAGAGGUAAUUUAAAAGCAUACCAUGCUUUGAAAACAAGUUUGACAUUUUUAAAAGCCAACCAAAAAUUUAGAGUCAACUCUCUCUCUCCAGGUUCCCAAAGCUGCACAGUGCCGUGAUCCGGACUACAGUUUUGAUCCAACACUACUGUGUGGCUCUGAUGGCCGCGUCUGGCAGAAUCAGCGGCUCUGAAAAUCUUCAUAAACACACUUCUGUGGAAACUCUGGAGAUCGUGCAAUCGCUUCUCACUGCUGCCCAACAAUGUCCCGCUCACCACGGUCACAUGGUUCUGCUGCGGAUCCCUUCUCUGGCCCUGGCAGCGUGGGCCCACCGACGGCUGUCCAGAGUCAGGAGGCAGCUGGGUCUGGAGGAGAGUUUUGAAAUCAUAAUGGGGAAUCCAAACCAAGGUCUGAUUAUUGGACAGAGCUUCACCGAUCAGAUAAAGGUGGGUAAACAGUGAAUGCUAACAUGAUGUAAGGGAUAAAGAUCGACUCUGCUAAUAUGAUAUCAGCCAUCAUCCUUUUCGUAGAUGGGUGAAGACCAAGGGCUCUAUUUUCGUUCGCGCCGGUGAGGCGGCGGAGGGCGGCGAGCCCCGCGCAGUUGUAUUUUCGUCUGGCGGAGCCCGGCGUAAGGCGAGUUUGGUAUUUUCGUGGACUGAGUCGCACGGAGGCGAGCCGAGAUCCGCCAAGCUGGGCGUGGCAGGGGGAGGUGUUGACAGAAUCGGCUGGCGCAGUGACAUUUUCGUGCUCGCCACCGGCGUGUAACGUGCGCUGAAAGCUCGCCGAUUCAAACCUGGUCAGCUUUCAGCGCAGGCGGAACGCAGCUGGUCUAGUAGUAUUUUGGUAGACCGGCGGCGUAUCGACAUACGUCACUGAUGCCUCACCGGCAGGUUUCCACAGUGUCAGGCACAUUUCAGUGCAAUAAAUAAUCAUCAACAACUAUUAAUCUGAGUCAGCACAUACAUUUAGAUCUAUAUCGAUAUAUUCUGAUCUAUAUCUGAUCUGAUGAGCGCGUUUGGCACGCGUUUGGCACGCAUUUGGGCACACAACCUGACCGAAUCAACACAGCUGAAACUGCAUCAAAUUAAAUUAAAUAUCUAGUAAAUAAACACACAUGAUGAAGUUAACUCGAUAUGUAAUUCGUCUCCCUCCUUUUCUUUCUUCCUCUUAUUUCUCGCACAGCUCGACCUGGACACGUCUCCGUGUCCUCUGUCCGUCUUGCUGCUGCUGCAGCUGAACAGAUGAUUUGUUUCAGUGCUCAGAUGCGUGAUCUACUUUAAGCCGACAUACGGAUAUUAUAAUAUUCAGUUUUGUGGGCCGAAUUUAUUUUAUAUGCCAACAUCUAUGAAAGAAAGAGCCAGGCCACGGAGCGCGAUGCGUCAUUUACGCACAGAUGGUUCCGAUUUUAAUGCCAUUUUUGGAGUUUAUGUUGUGAUUUGUGCGCUAAACCCACCUUUGUCACGUGAGGUUUGAAUAUGAGCAACUUUAUGUGAGUGUCUUUAUUUGUGGAAAAGAGUGUUUGUCUUACCAGUGGGUCCAACAUUACGCACACCAAAUCCAUCUGUGCUCAGAUGAGAGAGUGUGGAGGACACUUGUUGAGCAGCUGCCCUCUGUCGCCAUCGUGUGGCAUAACUGUCUUUAGACAUCUCUCGAUCUCUUUGACUACUUCAUGAAAAUAGUAAUACGCCUCGCCUGUGGCGGAUUUAAAGGCAAGGAGAGGAGCUAAUGUGAUUGGUGAAAACAGGUCCCGGCUGUGUUUAAUCUACUACACGCCCUCUCUCCUCCCCGUCUACGACUUAUGCUGCUGGGAGGAGCUGAGUUAGGGAGGGGGGAUACUUACGCCGGGCUGCGCGGCUCACCAAAAUACCAAAAUGUGCUUGGGAACGCCUUGUCAGCGCGGCGGAUCUGAUUGACGCUGCGCUUGCAGCAGAUCUCCGGCGAGACACCAAAAGUCUAUAACUAUUGCACCCCUAACACCAAAAACUGUGUGUUUUCUGAACUUGUGUGUGUGAUCACUCUGCAGACAUGGCUGAAGAUUCAGGAUGCUAACUGGGUUCCUCGGACCUACCUAGAGCUGGAGGCACUUCCCUGCAUAUUGAUCUUGUCUGGAGCUGAACCACUGGGAGAAUCCUUGCCUAGGUAUACACACUGAGUUCAAAUCAUAACAUCCGUAUCCUUUUCCUCUGAAAAUCCCUCGCCCAAUAGAUCCACAACCCAGUAUUCACUUCCUUCGAUGUGUAGCAACAGCAAAGUGAAAAGCAAUAAGGGAGCUGAGGCUUGAACACUUGUAAUCUUAAAUGUUAACAGUGAUUUCAUUGUGUUUCCAGGUCACUGAAGUACUGUGAUCUGAGAGUGAUAAGCUGCUCCUACCUUCAGAGAACUACACUCGAACAAGAGCUAGGACUAGCUGCUUAUCUGGUGAAGGCAGAGUCCCGACCUCCACACAACCCCGGACCAGGAAGUGACCAGCUGGAGAGUGAUGCAGAGAAACUCAGCAGUACUGAUAAUGAGGAGGAGGAGGGGCAGGAAAAUGGUGAGAAGAGAGGAACCAUGCGUUCAGGUUUUAGAACAUAUCAAACGUGUUGACUGGCUCUUUAAAUUAGUUCUGUGUUGAACUGUUUCUGCUUUUUCUCCCUUCUGUUUUAGGGGACUCUCCUCUGUCAUCCAGUCAGCAGCUUCGAUCAGGCCCAGACAGCGGGGCUUCAGAUCCCUUUCCUGCACAAAGCACCACCUCUCCAAAUGUUCAGAAGGGGACCAAUGAUGCCAUUAAAUCUCCCUCACCGUCACAGACUCAAUUUCAGCCCCAGCCCUCAUCUCAGUCUUUUCUGUAUCCUCCACCUGCACAGCACCACCAAACCCAUCCUCAAGUGCAGAGUUACCCCCAGCCCCCACCUAUGUCCCAGCCAAACCCUGUAACCCAAUUCCAGAGUCAAAAUCAGCAAAACCAGAGCACUCAAACCACUCCUCAAAGUUACACUCAAACAGCGACACAGCAGCUUUCCUUCUCCCACAUGCAGCAACCACAUCCUCAUCCACAACUGCUCCCCCCUACCCAGUCUCGCCGCCAACACUCCAAGUCCACCUCCUCUGGCUCUUUGUCCCCUCGAGCCUCCUCUCCCCAUCUGAGCUGCUCCUGGGCGCGAGGAGUGAGUCGUCCGCCUUCAGUGCUUCUUCCUCGUGCUCUUUAUGACAUUAUCACAGCCAAUGACAGCAGCGGGCUUCCACGGUGUACGUCAUUCCUGCCUCACAUGUCUGUUGCAUGGGCCAGCAGCUUCAGGUAGGCGACUCUCUUUUACAUAACACUGCAUAUGUUUGAAGUUUGAAGUUUAUUUCGAUCUGGUCAUAUCCAUUCAAUAUAUACAGUAAAUUACAAGAAAAGAAAACCGGACCGAAAAGGCAUAGGCUGAAGCAAAAGCUUAUUAUCGCCUAUCCUUCUUACUAAAUCAAAAUAUUCAAAACAUCUUACUCCACACGUUAGAUAGAAAACAAAAACAAAACACAUCAACAAAACAAAGAAUAAAAGAUGACUCAGAAGAAAGAAAAAUAAAAAUAAUAAUAUAUAAUAUAGAAGGGGUGGGAGAAAAAAUCAAUGCAGCAUAGUAUUAAGAUAUUUUGUAUAUAGAUAUAGAUGUUUUUCCAGAUAUGAAUUUUUCAAAUUAAUUGUCAAUAUGAAGUGAAAUCUAUGAUAAUGGAAAAAUAAAAUCAACUCUUUGUCCAGUGAGGUUGGCAAAGGUGACAUAAUGGAGCAGGAACAAGUUAGUGCAACAAAUUUAUAUGUAUAUAAAAUAAAAUACAGAAUAAAUAAGAUAAACAUAAAGGAAGGCCAAAUGCUAAGUUGGCUAAACAGUUGAAAAAAUGCUAAAAAUCGCAAUAAUAUAAAAUAAUACUCUUUGCACAUAGACUGACAUUGGGGAUGUAAAAGUUGACUCUUCUUUACCAACCAAUCAUCUGCAUGUGGGAAACUAAAUAUUUAUUAACUUAAUUGACUGCUGGUGCCAUUCCAAGUUAAGGUCAUUUUAGAAGCUUAUGUAAAAUAUAACCAUCGUUAUUAGAUCUAAAUCCUUUUUUUUUUUUUCGUUUUACAGAAAAAAAAAAAAUUAAAUAUAUACAGGAAUUCAUCAAAAAAAUGUUGCUCUGAUGAUGUUUUUACUUCACAGUCUAACAUUGUUUAAAGCUUUCAUCCUACUUAGUUCGUAUGUUUGAAAUUGGCUGAACCAAUUGACAGUUUAGUGAGAUUUCAAUUAGGAAACUAUAACAACAAAACUAGAAUUUUUAGAAGGCACUAGAUUAAAGGAUGUUUUCAAAUCUUAAGUAGUUGGAUAAAUUCUGUUGUACCAGGAAAAGAUGAGCUUUAUAGGUGUUUUCUCUAAAUAUCACAAAUCCACACGAAACUGGAUUUUAAAACAACGUGGCAUCGCUGAGACAACACUGCAGGUUGCUCCAUCUUCCUUGUCAAGAGAACAUAUGAAAUAGUAUUUCUAAAGUUUAAAAGAUAUGACAGUACUGUGAUCAAAACAUAUGAGACUUUUAACUUCAUGUAACCCAAAAAUGUUGAGACACAUCAAAUGUCUCCAUGGUGAAUUAAUAUAAACCCUGUUUUUUUAGGCCCCUGCUCAGUAAGAUGAUGACGUGCACGGAACAGUCUCUGUACUAUCGUCAGUGGACAGUUCCUCGCUCCUACCACAUGGACUGCAGCAAUCGCACUGAAGGACGGAGUGACAACUUUCACCCUCGCAGGCUGCUGCUCAGUGGACCUCCGCAGGUAGUGUCUGCCCUGUUUUCCUCUCUUUUACUCAAACUCACUCAUUACUGAAUAUUUACAGCAGUUUUUUUUUUUACGGUUAGGUGGGAAAGACAGGGGCAUACCUACACUUCUUGGGUAUUCUGUCAAGGAUGUUGAUCCGACUGAUGGAGGUGGAUAUCUAUGAUGAGGAAGACAUCAACUACUGUGAGUGCUGUCUGCAGCAGCAGCUUCUGUGUCUCACUUACAUUAAAUAAUAUUGAUUAGGAGGCUGUUCCAGGUGUAAUAGAUUACUUCUAUCAAUUUUCUCUUUUCAGUGUUUUGUUUUGACUGUCCAUAUGUUUGGUGUUGUAAUCUUUUAAAUGUGUAUUGUGUUUAGGCGCCCAGGCAGAGGGGGUGCAGUACCAUCCACCAAAUACUCGCUGGCCCAACCCGGACAUCAUGAAGACAAUACCCUUUGACUACGCCAUCCAUGACCCCAAAUAUGAUGAUAUCAGUUCAGUCUUUUGCCCUGAAUACAAACCCAGUGCUGAGGGUAAAUGAUAUGAUAUGAUAUAAGUAACAAAGACAAUCAUGUUCACAACAUUUUUCAUCAUGUUUACUGCUAUCAAAACCAUUCUCGACCCUCUUCUGAGGUUAACCUGUACACUGUGCUGUUUUCCUGAGUCAUUUUUGCUCCUGUUGUCUUUUGAAGGAAACCCUUCGCGUCAGGAGGACAUGUACCACCGGAGGCGAACAUCUAGGAUUAAACUGUCUAAGUACGCAGCCUACAACACCUAUCACCACUGUGAACAGUGUCAUCAGUACCUGGGCUUCAACCCCAGAUACCAGGUCAGCAGAACACAUCAUUUUUUUCUUAGCAUAAGUGACACUCGCAGGCUAAUUUUGGCAUUUUAAUCUCAAAAGUUUUAUAUCCUCUUCAAUCUUAUGUUCAGAUGUAUGAGUCAACUCUGCACGCCUUCACAUUCACCCAUCUGCUGCUCGGGGAAGAGAUCCAGCUUUACUUCAUCAUCCCCAAGUCCAAAGAGCACUACUUCAGCUUCAGCCAACCAGGAGGCCAGCUGGAGAGCAUGAGACUGCCUCUCACCUCUGACUGGGUAAGAGCCCCGCUGAGCCCUAAACUCUUGGAUCGAAAGUUUAAACUGUUUUCCCUCACGAGAUGAUUGUACAGGCUAAAUAAUAAUGCAGCAGGGAUAAAUGUGCUUGUGCAGUGCAAGGGUACAUCAUCAUAGUUGUUAAAAACUCCUGCAGGGUUGGUGAAAAAGGUCUUAUAGUUUUGCACUUGUUUGUACAUGUGGAGGUCACAAAAACCGUGGCGUAGCAUGAAAAAGAGCUUAAAGGAGGACCUUAAGAGCAGCGUGAAGUGGCAUGAAAAUCUGAUCACUGGUUUUAGUGAAGAAUUGGCAGAAGCCCCCCAAAUUUUCCACUCUAAGCAGUAUGGGGAAGCUUUGUGAUGAUUCAACAAUGAAGUUAAACUGUAGCUAAGACUGCAGAUGGGGAUUAAACUUGUCUUAUUAGGGUCACAGACUCGAUAAGAUGAUACAGUAAAUCCUUUUUAAGUACAUGCAGACACACAAAUAUUUCAACACAUUACUGUGGCCUUAAGAUGAUCACAUGCAGAGUUAUUAACUUUCAGAAUGUCAAUAUAUUUAAUCUCCACUAGGUGGUACUACAAAUCCAACUGUGGCUUGAAACUUGCCAGCCAGCCAGAAAACAAACAUGUUCCCAUUUAUUUCCUGGUGUGUAUAAUGUAUAAUAAUCAUUCUCAGAUUAUUAUACAUUAGAUUAAUCAGAUUAAGGCACAGAUGUUGUCUGCGGGAAUUGAUGGAUCCUGAAACAUUUUGAUUAUGAGAGCAAAAGUCAGUUACUUAUAAUGAGAGACUUACAAUGACAGUGCAGUAGUUUCCUUUCAGCCGAUUUCAAAUUAUGUUUUAUGGUCUUAUUGUAGUAUAUAUUGCAUUUGAAACUGUGGUGUUUUUAAUACGUUUUCUUUUAACUUUCUCAGAGCCCAGACUGCAUCAAAAGUCCAAUCUUCACCCCGACCACUGGUCGUCAUGAGCACGGUCUCUUUAACCUGUACCACGCCAUGGAUGGAGCUUCACAUCUACACAUCCUUGUGGUCAAAGAGUAUGAGAUGGCUGUGUACAAGAAAUACUGGCCCAACCACAUUAUGCUGGUUCUGCCCACCGUCUUCAAUGGAGCUGGAAUAGGUACGGCACCACAUCUACUAUUUAGGGCUGCCAAAGAAUAUUAUUAUUAUUAGUAUUAUUAUUCCAAUAUAUAUGUGCUCGGCAAGAAGGACAGUCACAGGGGUCACAACUUCACUAAUAAAGGCAAAGACUUCACAGCAUCAUGGGGCUGCAGAUAAAGUCAUUUAAACAUAGAGUCAGGUGUACAUUACAGGGCUCGACAGUGCGACCGUUGUACUCACAUUUGUGACUAAAAAUAGAUGUAUGCAAAGUGUAAAAUGCAUUUAGGGCCACGUGUGCGCAUAAAAAAAUCAGCUGAGGCAACAAAUGUUUUUUCAUGUAAAUACCGCAGUGAAGUUAGUUUUAGGUUGGAUAUCCGAUGGACAUUCACUACGGAUCUACCGGUGUCUUCUCAUUCUCCAUAACCGGGAAUUGCAACAGCAGCGCGGUUAAAUCUACUCUGCAUCCUCGCUGUUAACAUCGGGUGUUGAAUAAGGGACCAUCAAUAAAUUACUGGUUGAUGUUCUCAAAAAGGCUGUUUUCCCUCAAUAGCUUCCAUGUCAUGUGACCAAAAGACCUAAAAUUGAUUUCAAAUAAUAGUACUAAGGUCUGACAAUAAGACACACCUCUUUUUUUCCCUAAUUUGUCAUCUAAAAAUUUUUGUGUUAAAUUUAAAGGCAAAUUUAGAACAUUUUCUUCAAUAGCUUCCAUGUCAUGUGACCAAAAAAACUAAAAUUGAUGUCACAUAGUAGUACUUAUGUCAACCAUGUGCUUCUUGUGGAAAAAAGUCUGUGUCAAGCCCUGCAUUAGGUGGUGUUUCUCAGUUUUUGGUGUCUGGCAGGUAAAUAUAUCAGUGGCCAAAAAUCUUCAGAAAACACCAAAAUGUAGAUGUUUUUUCUACUAAAAUGCAUGUGAAAAAACAAGGAUUAUCUUUCAUGUGUGCUGUAUGUUGAUGACAGAGCAGUGAAGUAGGCUCCUGAUCUUUCUUGCAACCCAUCACCACACAUCACGUGCUGCUCAGUAAAGCAGAAAAGAGAAAACAGUGGGACCAGUAUGUUGUCAGGCUGUUCAGUUUGCUCAACAAAACAACAGGACAGGACAGCAUGUCUCUGUCUACUUCAGAAGGAUGAGAAGGACCAUAACAGACUUCCACUUCUGCACAAAGUUAGAGUGAGGUGACUCUCAUCCUGGCUGAAGGAGGAGGGGGAACGAUCCACUGGGGUGUAAUAUGCAUUUGUGAACAACAGCAAACGGCACCAACUGACAUUACGGCCUCCCACACGCUGAUCAGGAUGAAGUUCAGACAAAUUUACCCCAGAGGGAGGUACAAAUCAGCUGUGUUAACUGCUUGGGCUGGCUUAUGAGAUAAAUGUUGAAAUGAUAGGAUUUAAGUUACACUGUAUUUGUUUACAGUGAAAUGAUGACACAGCUCCAAGCUUAAUGCAAGCAUGUUAAUCAGUUAUUAAAUAGUCAGUCAACUUUUGUCUUCAUCCAACAGCUCAUGACUUUUUCUCCUUUCUGCUGCAGGCGCUGCUCACUUCCUGAUCAAAGAGCUCUCGUAUCACAACCUAGAGCUGGAGCGCAGUCGGCGUUUGGAGGGAGGAGGCCCGGCAGGUGAUGUCUGGCCCUUCAUCAUCCUCGCUGAUGACUCCUGUGUUAUGUGGAAUGCAGUGGAUCUGGAUUCACGCAGGUAGAUAUCAACAUAAAACUUUAAAGUGUCGGAGUGUCGGACACUAUAAUUUUUUGUUUCUAUGAGACAUACUAAUGUAUUUUUUUUUUGCUGUUGCUAGUGGUGCAGUGGAGCAUGCUGUGUCACUGAAGCAGGUCUUACAGCACAUGGAGGCUUGUCCGGACCUGGCGCACUAUGGACUCUGUGGGAUCAGGAAGUGGAGCAGCCGUGGACUAGCAGGUCAGAGUCAUGACGUCAGAAGUGAGAUGCAGAGUGAAAUGUCUUUAGUUUAUGGUUUCAGUAAAUUUGAAUCAGAAAUAUUUGUAUCUUUUUGUCCAGGUAACUUAAAGAGAGAACCUUUCUCCAGAGGUCACCUUCACGAUUUUCUCCUCCUCAGUGUUGACCGGAGUCAGAACGUCCAGUAUGACCAGAACCGCUUCACCUGUCAUGACGUGGACUUCACUCUGAGGCUGCACAGUGCAGGACUGCUCGUCUGCAGGUUUAACAGUUUCAGUGUCAUGAAGAAGCAGAUUGCCAUCGGAGGAUACAGAACAUUCAUCAUCAAGACCAAGGUACCAGAUCAACAACUACAAAGAUAAAGCCCAUCAUUACCCACAGAGCAGAGAUACAUGAUUAUAUCAUAAUUAGUGUAAAAAGUAGCAUGUGGAAAUUUCCCACAGGAAAAUUCAAAAUUCAAAAAUUAAUGUAGUUGUCAUUGUUCAAUUCAAUUGAAUUGUGUCACACCAAUAAAAGUGUGAGUGAUAGGCUGUAAAAUAUUGAUCAUUGAACUUAAGUUUGAAAUCCUUCCAGACGACGGAUGUUCCCACCUCAGUGGGGCCGUCUCAGUACGUCUGUGCUCCAGACAGCAAGCAUCUGUUCUUGGCUACACCAGCUCAGCUGCUCCUGGAAAAAUACCUCCAACACACCAGCCAGAAGCUGUUUCCUCUCAGCACCAAGAACUACACGCACCCUGUACUCUCUGUGGACUGUUACCUGAACCUUGGACCUGAGGUAAACAGCACACUCACAGACACUCAAUAAAUAUGAAUCCCAGUGAGUCUUAGUUUUUGAUAUGGACAUUAGUAGAGAUGGACAGACAGAAGACAGCUUCUGUGUUGAGCAUAAGUUCCUAUAUUCAUACUAAAAGUCACACUUUUCUCUCUUUUUGCAGGUGACGGUGUGUUUUGUGAGUUCCAGACCUCACUCUGUCAACAUCGGCACCACAGGGCUCCUUUUCAGCGGCCUGCUCCUCUGUUUCGCUGACUCUUUUGUGACAGCGGGGUUCCUCAAAAAGUUCACCUUCCUCAAAGGUACUCGGAGCAGACUUAGGGUAACAGUUGUCCAGAUGCAAUGAUACAUUUUUAAAUAACACACCUGAUCAAAGUUAAUGCACGUUGUACAUGAGAUUUAAGUUCUCAUUUAUAAUGCUUGAAUGUGCGACAAGACAUACAUUAUUGUUGAUUAAAAAACAACCACAGGUUACGAAUGCAGAGCUGCAUGGCUGCUGUUUCCUCUUUAAGUUACUAAGUAGGUCAAAAGUGGUUGGUUUCCACUUGGUAUUCAAAGUCUCUGUCCCUCUCCCUCCUGUCUGCCUCCCUGUAGGUGCGACUCUGUGUGUCAUCGGUGCAGAUCGUAGCUCCUUGAGGCAGACGGUGGGCAGGUUGGAGCUGGAGGAGGAGUGGAGGUUUAGACUCAGCGACGAAUUCCAGACCGCCAACGCCAAGGAGGACCGACCGCUCUUCUUUCUGACCGGGAAACACAUAUGA